CGCCAUGAAUUCCCGGUGUUGAACUGGUGCUAUUUGAAUCGCCGCUUUCAUAUUUCAGAAAUUUCCUUCCCUCUCUCUCUCUCUACACAGCGUUUCUGAGUUCAUCUUCGUCUUCAAUCGAUCUGUCAUGGCCUCCGUGGCUCCUCCUGCUGAUCAAGCUGCAGAGUAUAUGCAGAAGUUGAACCUGAACCCUGAAGCAAAAACAGAAGUUGCAGACAAGGGGAAGAAGUACAAUUCUGGUGUUCUGGCAAAUGGCUUGAACAAGCCUUAUGAACGAUCUGUUACUCCAUUACUCCAUGAUUACGUUGAUCCUAACAUGUUAUACCUUCCUAAUGCUUACCCAUACUAUUAUGGAGGUAAUGAGUGGGAUUACAGGUUCCCCAACAAAGAUGGAUUCGAGAUGCCUCAUGGUGCUUAUAAUAAUUUGUACUCACAAGGAUAUGGUUAUGCGCCAUAUGGUGCAUAUCCACCACCUGGUUCUCCUGUUCCCAACAUAUCCCAUGAAUCUCAGUUGUAUUACCAAUACCUUUCUGCUGCUUAUCAGCAAUCUUUAACACCAAGUAAUGGUUCAAAUGCUCCCCAUCAAGCAAAAUCACUCCAAUCUGGAGUGUCCACUUCAAAAGUUGCUGACCAAAUGCCAGUGACUGUUGAUACUGCCAAAGUGCCGAAUGCUGGAGGCAAUUUGAUAAAUAUGCCCAAGCCCAUUAGACCAAAUCACCAUAAGUCAACAUGGCUAAAUGCAUCUACACUUACUGAUGUCAAGUCAAAGUAUGCACCAGGUUCUCAUGGCAAUAAUUUUUCAAAUGGAAGAAACCAGAGUCUCCAUCCUUUCUCACACAAUCAACCUAGACAAACUCUUGGAAUGAACCAAGCUGGACUCAUGGACAGAAUGUAUCCAAACAGCAGGAUAUACAAUCAAUAUGCAAACUUUUUUAGGAAUGGUGGAUAUGGUCUAUCAAAUUAUGAUCGAAAAAUUAAUGGACGUGGAUGGAUGGGCAUCGAUAGCAGGUGGAAGCCUAAGGGUCGUGAUAAUGGCUGCUUUAGUAAUGCGACUGCAUAUGAUGGAUUAAAUGAAUUGAAUCGAGGACCUAGAACAAAGCCAUUCAAGAAUCAGAUGGAGCUUGAACAAAAUAAUGAGGAAAAAUUAUCUGCUAUAUUGGAUUUGGAUCAAUAUAACAAAGAGGAUUUCCCUGAAGUUUACAAAAAUGCUAAGUUCUUUAUCAUUAAGUCCUAUAGUGAGGAUGAUGUGCACAAGAGUGUCAAAUAUGGAGUGUGGGCAAGCACACCGAAUGGAAAUAAAAAGCUCGAUGCUGCUUACAGAGAAGCUCAAGAGGUGGCUGGAGGUUGCCCUGUGUUUCUACUUUUUUCUGUAAAUGCAAGUGGGCAGUUUGUUGGAGUUGCAGAGAUGACCAACACUGUUGACUUUGAUAACAGUGUUGAAUAUUGGCAACAAGACAAAUGGACUGGCUGCUUCACAGUCAAAUGGUCGAUCGUGAAGGACACACCAAAUAGCCUAUUCAAGCAUAUUAUUCUUGCAAACAAUGAGAACAAGCCUGUUACUAAUAGUAGAGACACUCAAGAGGUUAAACUGGAACAAGGGAUUGAAAUGCUGAAGAUCUUCAAGAGCCACUCAAGCAAGACAUGCAUCCUGGAUGAUUUUGGAUUUUAUGAGGCCCGUCAAAAAGUUAUACUAGAGAAAAAAGCUAAACAACAGCAGUAUAACAAGAGGAUUGUUGAUGAUAAAGAGUCACCUUUGGCGGUUCCUUCAGUUCUGGUUGAAGAUAGUUCUGUUGUAUCAACUAAUGUUGCUACUGCUGCAGAGGCUGUUAUUGAGGAGAUUGUGAAGACCCAAUCAAUUGCUGUAGAAUCCCAUGAAUGAAUAGUAAGGUGGGUCUAGAUUGGUUGAUUUUUUAUUUAUUUUUAUUUCUAUCUUUCUUUAUGAUAAGUUUUGUGAGUUGCUGACUACCUUUGGCAAAGUUUUGCUGGUUAACAAAUUUUAGCAUACUGAAGCAUAUCUGACUUCUUUGUCCAACAACUUAUGUGUGGCUUUCUUUCCUUAAUCCAUCAUAUUACCAUUUUCAAAUAUAUAUAAGUUAUUUUUGUUUGCGCUUAA